AUGGAGUCGAGACGGUUAAAAUCUGUAGAGCACUCUUUCCUCGCUGUGAUGGAACAGUUUUUGCAAACGGUGGAUUUGAUGGAUCAUACGGUCCUGAUUCCCAUGAAGUUGAUCGAUCUGCCCGUAAAGGAUCUUAUGCCUGCGAAAGGUUCCGCCGCCGAUUCGUUUCUGCAAAACAAUAUGAACAUGAGGGCAUUCUAUUUAAUGGUGAAAGCGAUGCGAAUUAAAUUGUCGCUUGGACAUAGCCAUUACAGCGAAGACGAAGAGAGCCUUGUUCCGCUAGAACGGGAAAUUCGAGAAUCUUGUCACCGUUUAAAUCAGCUCGCCUUGGUCGCCAGGUACAUCAAAACUUCGACGCUAAAUCUGGGCCCGAACGACGAGCUUCCCUCUUUUCAAAAUUUUAAAAACAAAACUCUCCUUGCUGCUGAAAAUUGUCUUCUCGGCGCGUUGAAGAAAUUUGUCGAUGAGGUGGAAUCCUUGGAGAAGUCAGUCCUUUUUCCUUGCCUGUUGAAAGAUCACCGAGUUAGCGAGCAGAUGCCGCAGUUUAGCGAAGGGAUCCAAACUCUGUACGAUGUUUUCGCUUUGCUCAAGACCCUGCGAGCGGAACUGCUGUCAGGAUCGCGGAAUUUCGAGCUGCCAGAUGCCAAACUGCAACAGAAGUUGUCCGAACUGCUUCAGACUUUUUCUCGAUAUACUGUCAUGGCCAGAAACCUCACUGCCCGCUACGAAGAAGAGGUGCGAUGUUCUUGAUUUCGUUUCUUGCGAGAGGAACGCGCAAGAUACAGUGGGGUGAACUUUAUUAAUACAAUGCUAUGAAAUGCCUACCUUCCACAGUAGGUUUAAAUAAAGUGUCUGUAAAUAUUAUGUGUAAAAUUUCUAAGAAAAUGAGUACUUUGUACUUUACUUCUCGCUUUACUUGUACAAAAAAGACUGAUUGAGUUAUGCAUGUUAAUUUCAUGGAAAGAAAGCCAAGUUUAUGUCAACGCCUGAAGGGCAAUAAAUCCGCUUAUUAUUCAUUUGCAAUAAAUGGUGAGGCAAUUAUCAUGAAGGAAUAAAAAUUUGUGCAUCGCAUUUAAGUUGUAGUUUUCUAUUGAAUUUGUCUUUGUUGGGUUAAAGUAAGACUUUUGAAAUUUCAUUUUUGAAGCGUGUUAUUUCCGUAUGCGGCGUUUUAUUCUUUAGAAUUUGCACUGCUUGACAUCGUCAAAAACAAGUUCAUUUUAUGGCCGUAGGCGGAAAUUCUAAAAAUGGGCGACAGGGCAGUUACGUAAUGAUCUAUAAACAUAUUUUG